AUUCAAUCUCUCUCUCUCUCUCUCUCUCUCUCUCUCUCUCCGAUAAGAUGAGGAUGAUGGACUUGGGAAGCCAAAGAGGGCCUCUCCACAUUAUAGAAACGACAACAGAUGUAGAGUGCGGCAGGGAAGUCAGGUUCCGGCGAUCAUUUCGGUCAUUGGUGGAGUGUUUGGUCCCUUGUUGUGGAUUCCAACCAUCACAUGACUCAGCUUCUACUGACACUGAGUCAUUGACUCACGGGUCAUCCGUUACGGGAACGUUCUUCGGUCAUAGGAAAGGCCGAGUUAGAUUUUGCGUCCAGGAUGACUCCAAAGCCUCUCCUCUGUUACUCCUAGAGUUCGCUAUCCCCACCUCUUAUCUUGCAAGAGAAAUGCAACACGGUUUACUUAGAAUUGCCCUGGAGUGCGACCGACAUAGAACUCCCUCAUCCUCAUCCUCAUCCACCACCAAUAAAUUCAAUCCGUACUCAUCAUGUUCCCUCUUCAACGUACCAGUAUGGUCCAUGUACUGCAAUGGUCGGAAGGCUGGUUUCGCUGUGAGGCGUCAGAUGACAGAGAGCGAUGCAUCCGUGUUGAAGCUGAUGCAGUCGGUGUCUGUAGGUGCUGGGGUGUUACCCAUGGAACCAAAGUCUCACGACGGGGAUCUCAUGUACCUCAGGGCGAGUUUCGAACGAGUCAUUGGGUCUCCCGAUUCCGAGUCAUUCCACAUGAUUAACCCAGUCGGUAGCUCCGGCCAAGAGCUCAGCAUAUUCCUGCUCAGAUCAUGAGUCUAUCCCACCUCCCAGUUUCAUUUCAGUUUGAGCA